GUACGGAUCACGGGGAUGGCGGAGGUGACGUGGCGCGACGGGCAUCGGCUGCUCCGCAUCCCCUCUCCACCACUCCUCCUUCCCAACCAAACCCCAAAACCACGCCUCCGCCACUGCCACGGCAAAACCACCGCGCGCGCAGAAAUGGCGACGUCCACCAGCCUUACCGCCGCCGCGCUGCCCUCGCGGCUCGCCUCCCCGGGCCGCCGCGCCCCGCUCUCCUGGGCCAUCGCCCGCGCGCGGCCGCUCCCCCACCCGGCCCGCGCCGCCGUCUCGUCCCGCUGCAGGCUGGUGGUGACCUGCAACGCGCAGGCGAUCAGCAUUGGGCAGGGCACGCCCGUCAGGCCGACGAGCGUGCUGGUGGUCGGCGCCACGGGCACCCUGGGGCGGCAGGUGGUCCGGCGGGCGCUGGACGAGGGCUACGACGUCAGGUGCCUCGUCAGGCCCCGCCCGGCCCCCGCCGACUUCCUCCGGGACUGGGGCGCCACCGUGGUCAAUGCCGACCUCAGCAAGCCGGAGACGAUACCCGCGACGCUUGUCGGGGUCCACACGGUGAUUGACUGCGCGACGGGGCGGCCGGAAGAACCCAUUCGAACGGUAGACUGGGAAGGAAAGGUUGCUCUAAUCCAGUGCGCCAAGGCGAUGGGGAUCCAGAAGUACGUGUUCUACUCCAUCCACAACUGCGACAAGCACCCCGAGGUCCCCCUCAUGGAGAUCAAGUACUGCACGGAGAAGUUUAUUCAGGAUACCGGUCUCGAUUACACCAUCAUCCGGCUGUGUGGUUUCAUGCAGGGCCUAAUUGGGCAGUAUGCGGUGCCUAUACUAGAAGAGAAGUCAGUUUGGGGAACUGAUGCUCCGACUCGGAUUGCGUACAUGGAUACCCAGGAUGUUGCUCGCCUGACAUUUGUUGCUCUGCGCAAUGAGAAGGCCAGCAAAAAACUCCUAACAUUUGCUGGACCACGUUCUUGGACAACUCAGGAGGUUAUUACAUUAUGUGAGAGACUGGCUGGGCAAGAUGCCAAUGUAACUACUGUCCCUGUUGGAGUGUUGAGAUUUACUCGUCAAUUAACACGGUUCUUCCAGUGGACAAAUGAUGUGGCUGACAGGCUCGCAUUUUCAGAGGUGCUCUCCAGUGACACUGUUUUCUCAGCUCCAAUGAAUGAGACAUACGAGCUUCUUGGGGUGGAGGCAAAGGAUAUCCUCACCUUAGAGAAAUAUUUGCAAGAUUAUUUCUCCAACAUAUUAAAGAAAUUGAAAGGUCUCAAGGCACAGUCCAAGCAAAGUGACAUUUACUUUUGAAAAAAAGCGAUUCCACGAAGCUUGAAACCAUGGACAUAUUUCUGAUGCAGGUCUGUGCAUCAAGACACAGAUGAGUGACUACAGUCUUUCUUGUAUAUUUUCAUUGUGGUGUGUGCAAGGAGGCAUAAUGUUAUUAGGUGAUGUUUAUAGAAUCUGGACAGUUUGGUUGA